AUGGAGCCAAUUGUAGCGGAUUUGAUCGACAAUCAUUGGUGUCGUCAGCGGUUAGAUCGAUCGCCGUAUUUGCAGAGCAACAUUAACCAUACUGCGGCGCUCCAGUUGCACCUUGCUGGACUCAUCGAUGGCGUUUCUAUUUUGCGAUCGGUGUUCCGUCGAUCGAUAUUGCCACGACCACGGCUGUAG